UAGGAGGAUUCAUGGAGAACAGAACAGGGGAGCUGAUCACCUCUUGAAGUCAUUCAAAGGAUUCAGAGUCAAAUUGAUUUGUUCCAAGCUGCUGGUACCAGACAAGGCUGCCCACCUACUACCCGCUGCUCCGUCUUCCGGCCAACCUUUCCCUCCCUCAUAAGCCAAUCAAAAUUCAAUCUCCUGCUGCGCCACACCAGCUACUACUCCGCCGGCAAACCGUAAAAAAUGUCGCCGUCAUCUUCCGCUGAAGACUCCUCAUCUCCGGCGGUCAUCACCUGUAAAGCGGCGGUGGCGUGGGGCGCCGGAGAGCCGCUGGUAAUGGAGGAAGUUGAAUUGAGUCCGCCGCAUCCCCACGAGAUUCGGAUCAAAGUCUUCUCUUCAUCUCUCUGCCGCUCCGACAUCUCCGCUUGGGAAUCUCAGUUGCUGCAGGCAAUAUUUCCAAGGAUAUUUGGCCACGAAGCAUCAGGGAUUGUUGAGAGCAUAGGAGAAGGGGUGACCGAGUUUAGAGAAGGGGAUCAUGUGCUCACUGUGUUCACAGGAGAAUGUAGGACUUGCAGGCAGUGCACAUCUGGGAAAAGCAAUGUGUGCCAGGUGCUAGGGUUGGAAAGAAGAGGUGUGAUGCAUAGUGAUCAGAAGACUCGGUUCUCAAUCAAAGGGAAGCCCGUAUUCCAUUACUGCGCUGUUUCGAGUUUCAGUGAGUAUACGGUGGUCCACUCUGGUUGUGCCGUCAAAGUUAGCCCAAAUGCACCUCUGGAGAAGAUUUGCCUUCUUAGCUGUGGAGUUGCUGCAGGCUUAGGUGCAGCUUGGAAUGUUGCUGCUGUAUCUGAGGGAUCAACUGUGGUGAUCUUCGGUCUUGGAACUGUUGGCCUCUCAGUUGCCCAAGGCGCUAGACUCAAAGGCGCAUCUCGUAUAAUUGGUGUGGACACUAACCCUGACAAAUGCGAGAAAGCAAAGGCUUUUGGAGUUACAGAGUUCAUCAACCCAAAUGUCAUAUUAUUGAACUUUCUUUCCCAGGUUAUAAAGCGAAUCACCGAUGGAGGAGCAGAUUACUCAUUUGAAUGCAUAGGCGACACUGGGAUGAUAACUACUGCUUUACAAUCAUGCUGUGAUGGAUGGGGGUUGACAGUCACUCUAGGUGUACCAAAAGUGAAGCCCGAGAUGUCUGCCCAUUAUGGCUUGUUGCUUACGGGAAGAACACUCAAGGGAACCAUAUUUGGAGGGUGGAAACCUAAAUCUGAUCUCCCUUCUUUAGUCGACAUGUACAUGAACAAGGAAAUCGAGGUUGACAAGUUCAUUACACAUGACCUUCCAUUCGAGGAUAUCAACACAGCCUUUAGCCUCAUGAGAGAAGGGAAGUGCCUUCGCUGUGUUAUUCACAUGCCCAGAUAACUACCUCUCUAGUCUCUUCUUUGUCCCAAGGAAACGGAUUCCGAAGAGGAAAAGGAAAACUUGAUUACCAAGGAAAUACCCGUACUAGGCUUUCCCAAUUCCUUCGUCUAUAAAUAUAGACGAACUAAAUCGAAUCUUCCAUCCUCUACAAACGACCAGCAGAUUUCCGCGUGUUGCCAAAUUACAGUUCUGCCUUUGCUUUGGCCUCUUCGCAAACCCUAGAAAUCAAAGCUUCCGCCACCGUCGUCGCCAUGAUCGCCGGCCAACACACCGACGACACACCCGCCGUCCCCACCGCUACCACCGGCGGGAAGCGUCGGAAGAUCGAGAUCAAGCGAAUCGAACAGCAGUCCAGCCUGUUCGUGGCGUUCUCCAAGCGAAGGACGGGGUUGUUCGGGAAGCUGGACAAGUUCUGCAAGAUGAGCCCACGGGGGACGGAGGCGGCGAUUGUGACCUUCUCGCCGGCGGCCAACAAGGCCCACGCGCAUGGGUCCCCGUCCGUGGAUCCCGUCCUCCAGCGGUUCCUGGACUAUAUGGCCGGUGCGGAGGCGCCGGCGAGAAAGCGGCCGGAGAGAAGUAGGCUGUCGAUUGUGGCGGCGGAGAGAAGAGACGGCGACGAGGACGGAAGUGGGGUUUCCUGCGCGGAGGAGUCGAUGGAAUUGGAGGAGCUGAAAGAGUCAGAAGCGGCGCUGUUGAGAGUGAAGAGAGAUUUGGAGAUGAGAAUGUCGGAGGAUUUGAUCAGGGAAUCUCGCACCAAGAAAUUCUUGUAGCUCGGUUUCUUGGGUUUAGGAAAUUAGGAAGGGAGGAAGGCAUAGGCUUGUAUUCAUGAAUACACGGAUUUUCUUUUUUGACCUACUUUUGAUUUGAAUACACAGAUUCUGUAAAGCAACGGCAAUUCUUAUUGAGAAACUAAGCGGAUUACGUUCACAAGUGCA